AGUCGUUGGCCGCUUCUUUCACAGGCUGCCGAUGCGUGCGGCUUUCAGCGGGCUAACACGCGUAUCAACGUGUCCUGGACGAGUUGUGCUGUCAAAGAAAAACAUGAAAACGCCCGAAAUGUGCGCAAGAGGAAGACGUGACGUCCAGGGACAUGGUUGUCCACGGCAUCGCCUCUGAAGAAGCGGAUACGCUAGCGGAGUGAAACCCGGAAGUGGUGUUUGAGGUCCCAGUUGCAACGGGCAACAUGACUGCCAAAUACGGCCUGGUGAGCUACAACAGCUCCCGGAAACACAUUUCGAUUUCCAUGCCGUCGUCCACGGAGGUGAUGUCGCCCCACAUAAAGUCUGUGGAGGAGCUGAGGGUCCUGGGAAUCAACCUAAGCAGCUUCAGUCCCCCCACGCAGUUCUUGAUCUGUGUGGCUGGAGUCUUCAUCUUCUACCUCAUCUAUGGCUACCUGCAGGAGUUGAUAUUUUCCAUUGAAGGAUUCAAGCCUUUCGGUUGGUACCUGACUCUGAUCCAGUUUGGCUUCUACUCCGUGUUUGGACUCGUGGAGCUUCAGCUCACGCAGGAUAAACGCAGAAGGAUCCCGGGAAAAACCUAUAUGAUCAUAGCCUUCCUUACAGUGGGCACUAUGGGCCUGUCCAAUACCUCCCUGGGCUACUUGAACUACCCGACACAGGUCAUCUUCAAGUGCUGUAAACUCAUCCCAGUCAUGAUUGGCGGGGUGUUUAUACAAGGUAAGCGCUAUAACGUGGCUGACGUGUCCGCUGCUCUCUGCAUGAGUCUGGGACUCGUAUGGUUUACGCUGGCAGACAGCAAAGUGGCCCCCAACUUCAACGCCACAGGUGUCCUCCUCAUCUCUAUGGCGCUGUGUGCGGACGCCGCCAUCGGAAACGUGCAGGAGAAGGCCAUGAAGCUCCACAAUGGCUCCAACUCUGAAAUGGUGCUGUACUCGUACUCCAUCGGUUUUGUCUACAUACUGACAGGCCUGCUUUGUGUAGGGGGACUGGGGCCAGCAGUGGCGUUCUGCUCCGAGCAUCCUGUGAAAACGUACGGUUACGCAUUCAUCUUCUCUCUCACGGGUUAUUUCGGCAUCUCGUUCGUGCUCGCCUUGAUCAAGCUCUUUGGCGCCCUGGUUGCAGUCACAGUGACCACCGGGAGAAAGGCCAUGACUAUCGUCCUUUCCUUCAUGUUCUUCGCAAAACCUUUCACUUUCCAGUACAUCUGGGGCGGCCUUCUGGUGCUCUUCGGCAUCUUCUUGAAUGUUUACAGUAAAAACAAAGAGAAAAUGAAGCUCCCCUCCAUCGGCGACCUCAGGGGCUGGCUGCUGACAGGAAAGAAAGUCCGACUUCUCUCCCAAAACGUAUAGGAGGCCCCCCCCCCUCCACCCCCGGGGGGCGUAGCGGAAGUCCUGCCAGUCGCUGGCAGACUGUUUGUGUCCGUUGAGAUGUAGAGUCGGGCCGCCUGUCACGGCGUGCAGAGGCACCUGCCGGAGCGCCCAGCCACACAUCGAGCAGAGGAUGGGAAUACGUGGUGUGACCGGCACAUCAUCAGCCUGAGAAAAAAAAAACACAGAUAAGUGAACUAGGACGAGUGACAGAGCGGCUGUAUUUCAUCACCACGUACCAGUACGUGACUGGUGUAGAGCCGGCUGGAAUCACUCAAACUAUCUGCAGCAAACUGAAGGAGAAAAACUAUAUUUUUAACAAGGGAAACAAUGGUUAUGGGCUCUUUUUUUUCCAAAAGCGACGGUUUGGACCCCCCAUACAAACCUUCCCGACAUGGAGGUCAACACUAAGGACUUUUCUCAAGGGAAGACGGCGCCUUAGUCAACCAAAAUGUUUUGCACCAGAAAUGACUUGUUCACGUAAAGAGUGGAGAAAUGUUGUAAGGAAAGAGUACAUAGCAUCACAAUGAAAGACACUAAUGAUAAAAGGGCAUAUUUGCCCCCCGCAUGUGCCAGAGAUAGGCAGCCUUGUUUUACAUAAUCAUUGUCUUAAUGAAGGUGGCUUCUCUUUUCGUAGUUUAUUGGUAAUAUAUAACUGGUUGUGCCCUAAUUCAAACAAUCUGUGAUUAUGUGGUGACAUUUUGGGGAAUAUGGAGAUAGUUGCUCCAGUGUACAUCGUCAGCUGCCCUAAUAAAAGGGUACCACUUUUUUCACAUUAAAUAUUAAAACUUAACAACCUCCACUGUCAGUUUUUUAUAUAUUAGAAAUAAAAACAAUUGUGUGUAUGUAUGGACACACUUCUCCAGUUUUACAGCUUGAGAAAAUAGUUGAAUUGUGUGUGUGCGCGUGUGUGCGUGCGCGCAUCCAGUGGCCUUGGGCAUGUUUGAUUAGGGAUCCUGAAAAAAGAUAGUAGUGCUAGAUGGAAAAUAAACAGCAGUCUUCACUUUGCCCAGGCAGUUCUUUUCAUUUGAAUCAUGUGUGAGAGAGAUUCACAUGCUAAAUGAUGAAGCUCACAUCUGGUAAUCAAGCAGCAAAAUGUCCUCUGAUGGUCCAUUUACAGAGAUUUUGUUGAUUAUGGAUUAUUGAUGUUUUGUCAAUGAUGUAUUUAAAUCAUUCCUGUAAUCAUAACCCAGCAUAUAUGUUCUUAUCCUCUGAACUUUUUUUAUAUUAAUAAUUUUGAUGUGAUAAUCUAAAAUACUUAAGAUUGAAUUACUCUCUGGGGAUUGAUGCAGGCCUGCAAAGUAUCUUGAGUAACGUCCUCAACUUUGGACGCAGAAUCCUCUUUGUCUUUCAAUCGGCUGACCGUGCAUUUGACCCCUAAAUGAAAACACACAGGUAACAAGACAAUUUCCUAACAGAGGUCAAAACAAGUGAACAUGUCCGCUACUUAAAAAAAUGCCCAAUCAGUAUCAGCUUG